AUGGGAAACCUUGUUUGGCACGAGUAUGCACGUCUGGUCUCGAUCUCAGCUAGCAUUUACACCGUAUGGGCUGGCUUCUGGGGCUUAAUCUACCGCAAAUUCUUCUGGGACUUCGUCAACGGCACUCUUCGCAACCCUGGAGGACUCCAACCUGCGAAACAGGACGCCAUCUUCGUCUCGAUCAUCGUCAAGGCUCCGGUCAUCCAAAUCUUCGCGAUAUUGACGGGGCUGUUCAUUAUCGCCUUAGAGUUUCCGCUACCGCUCCUCAAAGAAAAUAGAUUCCAACGGAGUUUCGUCAUGAAGGCCCUAAUGCUCGUAAACCAGGCACUGAACGCGGUGUUCUUCUAUCAGGGCACAAACGGCGCGCUAUGGUCUUUAAUAGCAGCCGGAUGUUAUGGGCGCGCCAUAUACUUAGGGGAAACAGUGAAGGAAGCGAAGGCCAACAGAGGCAGACCAGGAAAAGCUUGA